AGAUGGCGGACCUCCCCCCUCAUUGCAUCAACCCCGCAAUGGCAUGCCUAGUCCCGUGUUUCCUAUGUCCAUGGUAAGAAUACUCAAUUGGAAAAUGUUGAGUGAUUAAAAAUAAUUUUUUAUUUUAAGCAAUGAGGUGUCACGUGCCGGGUUGUAGUUCUAUUUACACGCCGAAGAAGUCGAAUACACUUCGCUUUUUUAAAGCUAUCACUGAGACGCAGUUGCAAAUGUGGCAGGAAAUUUUAUUGCGUUACGGUGUAGAUGAUUUUACUGCGAAUCACGUAAUUUGCGCUCUCCAUUUUAAGGAAGACGAUAUUGAAAAGUAUCGCAUAGAGUUUAAAACUGGUGGACUGGCCUACAUAGUGCCCAUUAAACGACAUGCUCUGCGGUAUAAUGCAGUUCCAACGAUUUUCCCGUCGAAUAUUAAACUAAAUAAACGAAAGAUUGAGUAUGCAGUCAAAUUAGACGAUGAGACUCUCGCCAAGCAGAAGGAAAUGUUUCGAGCUAGUUGUGCACUUGAUGCACAAGAUAAGCCAGUAAAGGAGAAGAUGGUGAGGAAAAAGGCUGUGAAGCGAAAAAUAUCAACUGGCUCUAGUACUGCUGAAGAUCCUGUUUUAAUGGCCAAAAAAUGUUAAAGUUCAACAAAAAUACCGAGCAUUUAUUGUGGAAAUGGAGAAUCUAAUUAUAGUUCAUUUAUAAAUAUAGUUUAUAUAUACAUUUAUAAAUAAUUUAAGAGAAUUAAUUAAAAUCAAAAAUAGUUAAUUAAAAUGUAACGUUUUCACAAUAAAAGUGUGAAUGCAGGAAAGUACGUAAAGUUUGCGUAAAGUACGUACAAUACUUUUUGUAAAAAAUCAGAAACUAAAAUAUACAAUUUUCACGUCAAUUAUUGAUGUAUCCAUUAAUAAAAAACAUACUUAAAUAUUUAAUAGAAAUCAUGCAUAAGUGCAUAAGCGUCUAUUUAAAGGAUUGGCAAAACAAUUUAAAUAUGCCGAAAUGAAAAAUUAUUCAAGUGAAUAAUUCAAGAAUGGGAUUGUUUAGGUACUCAGAAAGUUUCAAAUUUUGCGGAUAUUUGAGCUUAAUUUAAUUCAAUUCAAUUUGGGAGCUGCUUACUCACUACACUUUUUAAAAGUGCAGUAAAUCUGCUCCAUGCACACGAGCACUAUAAAUUCCGUAAGCGGAAUAAUUUGAUUAUUCAAAUAGAUUUUAACGCGCAUAUUAUAGGUAAAACAGCGAAUCUUUUUCUGGCGCUUAAAUCAUCCUCCAUUUUUUGUAAAGCACAAUAUUCUGUACCAAUUUUUAAAACUGAGUACUGAAAAUACUGUUUCCUAUAUAUAAAAACUCAUAACUUCCAUUAGUAGCGCAUGGGCGCUGAAUCUUACAUGGUCAAGUUAUUCACGUGGUUUAUUCUGUGGCGACAUCUUUCUUCAAUGUAUAAAAUUAAUCGAAAUAAAAAACUAGAUUUCUACUUUCA